GAUUUAAAAAUGACGACAAUUUUUUCACUUUUUUUGAAGGACCGAGCUAAGGGAUGACCGAACGUAUAUAUCAAGCUUCAAAUCGUCACUUUUCACUUUAAUGUAUGCUGGGGUGCAUAACAUGCAGAUUUCUGUGCAGAACAAUGGCCUUAAAUCGUUGAAUUGAGAAGCAGCUUAGCGUUCAACCGUUACCUCUGACUCGACCUCUUCACCUUCCAUCGUCUCUGCGGUUAAUUACAGAACAUUUUCGGGCAAAUUGGUUUUUUCCCCUGCAACAAUGGCUGCCGGAUUCUCCAUAAAAUUCUAGGCAACUUAGGUAAACAGGACCGAUCAGUCGGCAUGAAGCUGAAGGUAGCAUGCAGGAAAAUUUACGAUUAUGUCUGUCAUGAUCUCAAAGAAAUAGCAUUUCCUUCGUCUUUGCCUGAUCCUCCUCACAUCAAAAAGCGUCACAAACUUACUUGGAAAGAGCGUUUCCUUGUAUUGAAGGAAGCAUCUAGACUUUAUGCAGCUAGCUGGGUGAGGGAUAUCGGUCCAGAACUCAGGCCAAAUGACUACAAAAAGGAAGAGAGCAAAGAUGAAUCCAAUGAGGAGAAAGGCGCAAAAAAGGAGAGGGUACCGUCAACUCUAGAGGAUCUUGCUGUUGCUGCAAGGGGGGGAAUGGAGACAUUAAGGCCUGCAUUGCAACGGGUUUACAUGACAAGAGCUUCUGCGUAUAGAGAUGCUCUCAGAAGCUUUAUCGAAGGUUAUCAAGAAGGUAUACAACAAGUCAUGGAGAAGAAGGAAGAUUCUAAAUCUCAACCUGGAGAGGACUCUCCAAAAGGACUUAAAUGACCUCUUUGGAACUUGGUGAGUUCAUGUUUGCAUUUUUUUAAUGGCUCAUAAUUUAUGGUUUUGCUGCUUAACUAUGUUGAAAAAAUAUAUAUAUGAACAAUCGUAUCCCUAGUUUCCUUUGUUUAUCAUAAACAAACUACGAAAGCUAUAAACACAGUAAAAUCUAUGAUAAGCAAUCUCUGUGUGCCAUCUUUAUUAUUAUGUGAAACGGGAAAAAAACUAUUUCCUGCAGUGUUCUGUGUUUACCCAAUUAUGUUCUUUAGAGCUUAAUAGACAAUAGGUGCUAUUAUUAUAUUGUUAUUUGUACUGCCUUGCCAAUAUAAAAUACUUAACAGAUGUUUACAUUAAUAGACUUGUGGAAAUGUCGUGCAAAAUGCAAAAGCUCAAUUUAAUUACUCUAUUCAAUACAAGAUGAAAUUUUUAUUCCAUUAUCCAUAGAAAGAUAUAAUUUAGGAUCAAAUUGUAUGUAAUCUGAUUUACAGGGGUCGUUUGGGUGAAGGAGGAUAAAUGAACAUGACCAAUGGAUCUGGUUGGCUCGUGAGUUCGAGUGAAGUAGAAACAUACAGUCAGCAAAGGCAGUAGAAAAAUCAAGGGGUGGGGUGGGAUGGGGAUGGGAAACAUUGAUACUAGGAAGAACUUACUAUGUAUGGCAAGAAUUUAUAUCCUAUGAAGUGUCAUUAAAUAACCUUCUUCAAGCUUUUGAGCCACUCUUUUACAUGAACCUGUUUGUGAAAUCACGAACUGAAAUUCAUGAUGAGAAUUAGCGAUUAGUUUCCAAUAAGAUGGUCAUUGUGAUUGAUGUACCUACCAAGUGGGAUGCCUACUGCCCUAAUUGAUGGAGACUGUGGGUAGGAUUGUUGUGAAGCAGCUUCUUAAUUUAAGUCAUUAAAAUACUCAGGUAUUGUGGAUCUUUCUUCUCCCAUAAUUCAUCUGUAACAUCAACUUGAACUAAAUACUUGCAUCAUUAGUGCUAAUCUUACUCAUUUUAUAGUUUCCUGCCCUUCAUGGAAGGUUGUAACUUGUCCUACCUUGUGAUUGAGUAACCAACUGGAUGCUCAUACUAUUAUUUUCUAGGUAUUGCUACUUUUAAGGAUCUUCCUUUAGUUUCAUUUCAGCCAAAAGCAGCUUUUUUAAUGUUGGGUUCGACUAAGGAGAUCUAAAGUCAAAAGUCUGAUAAGGGGAAAUCAUAGACUGAUUUUAAAGGAAGCAAAUAAUUGCAUGGUUGUUCAUAAUUUAUUUAUUAUUGUUAUUAUUAUUAUUAUUUUUUGGGCAUCUAUGUUAGUCAUAUUAUUUCAAAAGGAGUCCCUUCAGGUAUGCGAAUCGUCGGUACUGUAAAGCCACUUAUCCCUUUAUAUAUGGGGACCCUCCAACUUGCAGAAGCACUAUAAUCCAUCACCACUAUCUGCACAGGUCAACCGGUAACUUUCUUCUGUUGAUAUUUCUGGGUCCAGAUAAUAACAUGAAACUCUAAUUAGUCACCGUGUACCACUACUUCCCUUCGCAUUUGUUGUUCCCGUUUUGCCAACUUCUAGCUUGCAACUUGUAUUGGACAUGUGACUUUAAAUGCCUGUAGCCACUACCAUGUAAAUACUAAUGCCUUGCAGAAGUUCAUCCCAUAUAUGCUGGAACCAUUUUUUCUUUUCAUUGUAUACUAAUAUUUUUCUGGUAUGUUCAUAUGGAACAUGGCCAUGAACACGGUAAUUAUUUAGGACGUGGAAAUGUGAUUGUGGUGAAUUGAUACGUUUAGUAUUUGUCAUUUAACUUAUGUGGCUCAGUCAUGCUUGGAUAUGUCAUAUCAUUGUUAUGUUUUCUCAUUUCAUCUCAAACGUGGACAUCACUUUUGAAGUCUGUUAAUCUGCUGUCCAUUUUAUUGUGAAUCUGUUGUUUGGAACAUUAAAUCUAGGGAUCAAAGACUGUUAAUUUUCGAAAGUGGAAGAUUCAUGUUUAGUAAUCCAUCCAUGGAAUGGGUUCCAUUUGGUUCUCUUUGAGACGGCGGAUAAGGUAUUUGAAUUAGCCAAAAAGAGUCUCAUUCAGACCACCUGGACUGUACAGUGUCAUAUUUUAGUUAUGCUACAUGUAUAGUUAGUUUGACUGAUGAUGAGGUUGCAUGCAAAUCAAGAGACAAAUGCAUGCCACCUCAUCAUCUUUCAACAAGGGGUAAACAUUAUCCGUACAAGUAGUUUAAUUGGUCAUAGUUUUGAUGUCAUAUUGUCGUUAUAAUUAUUUAUUUACUUUUUUGAUUUUACACAAUGCAGGUUCCAUUGGACGCAUAGAAAACAUAUACAUUGUAUACAUUGUUGGUAAUUGGUACACAACAUCAGAUAUGAUUGAGAAGAUAGCCAUACGAACGGAACAAUUUAGAUGACUUCUCAAUUCUGUACUUUAUUGUGGUCAAAUUCAGCCUUAUUUUUUUGGCUCGGUGGUUAUAAAUAUUUUAGUUGACUUGUUCAA